GGGCUAAUAGUUCAAAUUGUGCAUGAAAAGCUUCCCAGUUGGAUUUACCGUCAUAUCUGGGGGUCUUUAUUGUGGACGCAAUAGCUUCUCUCCGUGUCUCCGUGUGCUCAGUCAUGUCCCUUCCUGCGGCCGCAGUUAUUCCUCUACGGCGCCAUUUCCCUCAGCGGCGCGGCCCGAGUGGCCAAAGCCAGCCUCCGCAGCCAUCCUAGCGGUCAUUUCUUUUACCCGCUCUCGGUGCUCCGUCGUCUGCCAGGCUCCGGCUGCGCCGUCCAAUUCCCGUUCGCCACUUUCUCCUUCCCGUUUAAUCUUGAGACGGCUCCCCGACGUCAUGUUUCUCACCGUUGACGAGCGUUAGCCACUUAGCUUCUCUGCUGCUACCUCGCGUGGCGAUGUUGAUGAUAGCGAAAGUUUUACUUCUGACACCAAAUGUAGCGACCCUGGGUCAGGAACGCUACGAGACGUAGAUGGCUUAUAGGGUGUUUAUUCAGAGAACAUAGAACAAGCUACUGUUGGCCGUAGCCUACGCCAAAACCCCCGCAAAACGCCGUGAAAACCUCCAAACCAGCUUCACGUCUGCUCCGGGUCAUAGCUCUGCUCCGAACGAGUCGUAACACAACAACACACACACAACAACAUCACUCGCUGUCCAAUCACAGACACGCCUCACAGCUACCAGCUCGUGAGACGUUCACUUACAUCCGGAACAUAACAUUUAUAACAUAACAUUCCCUCAGUCCGUUACAAUAUAUAUAUUCCACAUUAUAGCUCCUAUUCAUUCACUUGUUAUAAAGUGUGGUGUGUGUGUGCGUGAGAAUGGGGAGCAAUGCUGCGUUCACUGCCCGCAGGACAAAUGAAAAGAUUUAGAAGUAGUUAGUAGAGAAAACGAUGACGAAAUGAAGUUAACACUCAUUCAUGCACGAGCCGGUGAACUUCCUGGUGUAACUGCUGCUGCCCUUGAGUGGAAGAGAAGGAGGGGGGAGGGGGGGUAUUGCCACACCACUCCCAACAGCAGUCUGCGUUCUCUCCAUAUUAUGGUCUGUCGUUUCCUGGAUUCAUCUGACAUCGCUGGGAGCCUCGCGCUGGUUUCUGUGGAACUGGGAGUGGUGGGAGGAGGAGGAGGAGAAGAAACGCACGUUCCCGCACGCCGCUGCACGUUUCCGCACGUUACCGCCCCGCAGACAGAGAGUGACCGGCUGACAUUCGCGGCGGAACCCAACACAAAAACAAACAGCAGCCUCCAGCGGAACCGAGCCGGACUCUAUCCCCUCAGGUGGUGGCCAGUGACGGCUUGCGGGCCAUGAUGGAGUCGGCGCUGACGGCCAGAGACCGGGUCGGCGUGCAGGACUUCGUCCUCCUGGAGAACUUCACCAGCGAGGCGGCCUUCAUCGAGAACCUGCGCAAGCGCUUCAAGGAGAACCUGAUCUACACGUACAUCGGCUCGGUUCUGGUGUCGGUGAACCCGUACAAAGACCUGGAGAUCUACAACAAGAACCACAUGGAGCGCUACCGCGGAGUCAACUUCUUCGAGGUGUCGCCUCACAUCUACGCCGUGGGGGACAACUCGUACCGCUCCAUGCGGACCGAGAGGCGGGACCAGUGCAUCCUGAUCUCGGGGGAGAGCGGCGCCGGGAAGACGGAGGCGUCCAAGAAGAUCCUGCAGUACUACGCCGUCACCUGCCCGGCCAGCGAGCGCGUGCAGACCGUCAAGGACCGGCUGCUGCAGUCCAACCCGGUGCUGGAGGCCUUCGGCAACGCCAAGACGUUGCGUAACGACAACUCGAGCCGCUUCGGAAAGUACAUGGACAUCCAGUUUGACUUCAAGGGCGCCCCUGUCGGGGGCCACAUCAUCAACUACCUGCUGGAGAAGUCCCGGGUGGUGCACCAGAACCACGGCGAGAGGAACUUCCACAUCUUCUACCAGCUGAUCGAGGGCGGAGAGGAAGACCUGCUGCGGAGGCUGGGCCUGGAGCGCAACGCGCAGCAGUACCAGUACCUGGUCAAGGGUAACUGUCCCAAGGUGAGCUCCAUCAACGACCGCAGUGACUGGAAGACGGUGAGGAAGGCCCUGAGCGUGAUCGGCUUCACCGAGGACGACGUGGAGGAGCUCCUCAACAUCCUCUCCAGCGUGCUUCACCUCGGCAACGUGCAGUACGGCGAGGAGGACGGCACCGCCUGCAUCACCUCGGACACGCAGAUCAAAUACCUGGCCCGGUUGUUAGGAGUGAACGGGACGGUGCUGACGGAGGCGCUCACACACAAGAAGAUCAUCGCCAAGGGAGAAGAGCUGAUGAGCCCUCUGAACUUGGAGCAGGCGUCAUCAGCUCGCGAUGCUCUGUCCAAGGCCGUGUACGGACGCACCUUCACCUGGCUGGUGAACAAGAUCAACUCCUCUCUCACAGACACGGACGACUCCUCUAAGCACUACUCCGUCAUCGGCCUGCUGGACAUCUACGGCUUUGAGGUCUUCCAGCACAACAGCUUCGAGCAGUUCUGCAUCAACUACUGCAACGAGAAGCUGCAGCAGCUGUUCAUCGAGCUCACGCUCAAGUCCGAGCAGGAGGAGUACGAGGCCGAGGGCAUCACGUGGGAGCCGGUGCAGUACUUCAACAACAAGAUCAUCUGUGACCUGGUGGAGGAGAAGUUCAAAGGCAUCAUCUCCAUCCUGGAUGAGGAGUGCCUCCGCCCCGGAGACGCCAGCGACCUCACCUUCCUGGAGAAGCUGGCGGACACCGUGGGAGGACACGCCCACUUCGUCACGCACAAGCUGGCUGAUGCAAAGACCCGGAAGGUGAUGAGACGCGAAGAAUUCAGACUGCUGCACUACGCCGGAGAGGUCAACUACAACGUCAACGGUUUUCUGGACAAGAACAAUGACCUCCUCUUCAGGAACUUGAAAGAGGUUAUGUGCAUGUCGGAGAACAAGAUCCUGAAUCAGUGUUUCGACCGAGAGGAGCUGAGCGACAAGAAACGCCCAGAAACGGCGGCCACCCAGUUCAAAGCCAGCCUGGCGAAGCUGAUGGAGAUCCUGAUGUCCAAGGAGCCGUCGUACAUCCGCUGCAUGAAGCCCAACGACUCCAAGCAAGCAGGCCGCUUCGACGAGGUCCUGAUCCGCCACCAGGUGAAGUACCUGGGCCUCAUGGAGAACCUCCGGGUGAGAAGGGCCGGCUUCGCCUACAGGAGGCGCUACGAGGUCUUCCUCCAGAGGUACAAGUCCCUGUGUCCGGCCACGUGGCCCAACUGGCCCGGCAAGCUGUCCGACGGCGUCGCCACGCUGGUCAAGCACCUGGGCUACAAGCCGGAGGAGUACAAGAUGGGCAGGUCUAAGAUCUUCAUCCGCUUCCCAAAGACGUUGUUCGGCACCGAGGAGGCUCUGGAGACCCGGAAGCACAGUCUGGCCACCAAGCUGCAGGCCGGAUGGAGAGGCUACGGCCAGAAGACCCGGUACCAGAAGCUCAGGACCUCCGCCGUGGUGGUCCAGGCGUGGUGGAGAGGGAUUCUGGCCCGGAGGAGAGCGCGGCGCCGCCGGCAAGCGGCCGACACGAUCCGCCGGUUCAUUAAAGGCUUCAUCCACCGCCAUGAGGAGCGUUGUCCAGAGAACGAGUUUUUCCUGGAUUACGUUCGUUUCUCGUUCCUCAUGAAGCUGAAGAGAAACCUGCCGAAGAACGUUCUGGACAAGAGCUGGAGCCCCCCCCCUGCUGCCCUCACGGAGGCGUCCGAGCUGCUCCGCUCUCUCUGUAUGCAGAACAUGGUCUGGAGCUACUGCAAGAAGAUCUCACCGGAGUGGAAGCACCAGAUGGAGCAGAAGAUGAUUGCCAGCGAGCUCUUCAGGGACAAGAAGGACAACUACCCUCAGAGCGUUUCCAAGUUGUUCGUCAGCACCCGGCUCAAUGGGGAGGACCUCAACCCCAAGGUGUUGCAGGCGCUGGGCAGCGAGAAGAUGAAGUACGGCGUGCCGGUCACCAAGUACGACAGGAAGGGCUACAAGGCUCGGCCGCGCCAGCUGCUGCUCACCAGCGGGGGCGCCAUCAUCGUGGAGGAGGGCAAGCUCAAGCAGCGCAUCGACUACGCCUCGCUGAAAGGUAUCUCCGUCAGCUCCCUCAGCGACGGCCUGUUUGUUCUGCACGUGCUCAGUGAGGACAACAAGCAGAAGGGAGACGUGGUGCUGCAGAGCGACCACAUCAUCGAGACCCUCACCAAGAUCGCCAUCUGCUCCGACAAGAUCAGCAACAUCAACAUCAACCAGGGCAGUAUAACCUACACCGUGGGUCAGGGGAAGGAGGGGACCAUCGACUUCACGCCCGGGUCGGAGCUGCUGGUGGCGAAGGCCAAGAACGGACACCUGUCUGUGACGGCUCCCCGGCUGAACUCCAGAUGAUUGACACUCGUACGACGUGCAGCGGACACCGUCUCCCAUCCUCCAAUCACGGGACCCGCUCUGCCUUCAGCCAAUCAGGCGCCAGCUGUCACCGCACCGGUGACGCGCGCUUCCAAUAAAUAAAAAAAAGAAGAAGAAGAAAAAAGAAAUCUCGUGAAACUAAUGGAUAUAUUUAUGUUUAUAUAUUAUAUAUUUUUCGGGGGCAAUUAAUACAGUUUUUUGAAUAUUCUGAUUUUAUAUACGAGGCCAAGGAAUAACAAAUAUUUUUGGUGCACUUUUCUCGCGCCGCUCGUGUCGUUUUUAACUGUCGCUUUUAUUUGGGAACAAGAAACCAAAGAGGGAGGAGUCAGGUGUGGGAGGAGUCAGGUGUUGAUGAGUUGUUGCCCGUUGCCUCUUUUCUUUUUCUUUUUAAAAAAAUCUUUUCUGCUCGAUCUACAGGAUUGAUCGUCUCGCUGACGCGACGUUGAUAACUCGGGAUGAAGGGUUUGUUACGUAGGACGUGUGAGAGGAAGUGAGCAGAGCGGUCGUAGGUUUGAAUCCUCGAGGGGGGGGGGGGGUGAGAGGGAAAUGGAGAGCGUGGCGUGUUCAUUGGCCGGGCGGUCGGGACUUUAUUUGCUCUUUUGACUAAUUUAUUUCGCAGCGAGUCGAGCUGAAAAAAUAAAUAAUACGACGCCAUGACGCUCGGCUGAGUGGUUUUUAAACGUCUGAAAGCUUUUUGGGAUUCUGUGUUCACGCAAAGAGAGAGAGAGAAAGAGAGAGAGAGGUCCCGUCUGAACUGUGCCACGAAUCAAACUGACGAUGUUUGUCUUUUAAAUAUAAAUAUUUGCACCUCUUUUUUGGUGUCUUGAAGCCAACGCUGAAGUGUCUUAAAGCUGCAUUCUCUCUCCUGACCACCAGGGGGCGACUCCUCUGGUUGUAUAGAAGUCUAUGCUUCAUGUGUUUAAGCUGCAUUCUCUCUCCUGACCACCAGGGGGCGACUCCUCUGGUUGUAUAGAAGUCUAUGCUUCAUGUGUUUAAGCUGCAUUAUCUCUCCUGACCACUAGGGGGCGACUCCUCUGGUUGUAUAGAAAACAUCAUAUCAGCGAUUCCUGGCACAACUCAAAAUGCGAUUGGUCUCACGGUUGACGAUCUCUGGGCGUGAGUUCUCUUCUUCAUUUCUCUCUUCUCUCCAUUCCUACAAUCGGACGUCUUUAAAACAUCUUUUAGACCAACGUCUAAAACUAAAACUCACAAUUCGAAGCCGUGUUAUUGAACUUUGAAUCUGGGUUUAGCUAUAAAACAACAACGAGUAGCUUAAGAUGGAAUCUACCGUUAGCUAAGCGUUGUCUCGAUGUUAGCGAUGUUUAAACUUGAGGAAUAUAAAACUUAAAGGGACAGUAGAACAUUUAGUCAGAUUAUUUAGAAACAGAUUAUCAGUUUUAUUUCCGUAAAUAUCUCGUAACUUUGACCAAAGACUGAUCACAAAUCAUUUUUUUAUAUUCUUUUCGUUCUUUCGCUCAAUCACUUCAAACCUUUUCUUUCUUUGUGUUUUUCUUUCGAGGCGUCGGGACUUAAAACGCACUAUAAGCCAAAGGCCCGUUGAUUAGUAUUGAUUGUGUGUGUGAUUGAUCCGUGAUGGGGAGGGAGAUCUGAUCCAGAUGUACAGUUUGUGUUCCGUGUUGUAAACCAGAAAUUCAAAGUGUCAUUUUUUGGGGGAGGGAAGAAACAAACGAAAGAAAAGCUUUUAAUAUUGUUUUUGUCAACGCAAACUUGUUCACGUGCCUUUUGUCGAACAGCAAUACAGCCGGAGGUCGCGUGGGAGACUCUGUGCUCAUAAGCUUUAACCUCAAGUCUGUCCCGUUGAUUUUUACAGAUGCACUCCUGUUGUCAGACUUACUGUAUGCACCGACGUAGACAUGUACCAACACACUAAAGGAGGAGAUACUAAAGAUUUGAGAAAUAAAAUUAAAAAUAAAAUGA